AUGUACACAAGCGAAGAGGCGCAGACGAUUGGCGAUGUUGCGGGAACGGUGAAGCAUAGCUUGUUUGGCUUUUUUCUUGGUUGCAUCAUGGUUAUUGCUGUCGACCUGUUCCUUCGUCGACUUGGAAUGUCUUUACGGGGAGGGCAAAUUCCUCCUUGUUCACUUGAAAGGGAGCGGCAGGUGCUGUGGGGGAGUAAACAUCAGGCCGCAUUGCCGCAGCACACGCAGGUGCCGUCUUCCACUCCACGAGACGGGCAGGAAGAAGAAUGGAGUACGGAGGAUGAUGAAGAGGAAGAGGAAGAAGACACCUCAGAUUGCAGCAGUGAGUUUGAGCGUAUUGAGGAUCUUCGUCUAAAAAUGGUGCUGGUCAUUCGUCGAGACGUGAAGGAAGUGAGUCCCAACGAGAUCUUUACCCUCUCCGCCGGCGCUGCCGUAAGCUUGGUGCAGAAAGUACGACGUGACGCUGAGCACAGGGAGUGGAGGUCAUGGUAUGAAUGGUGGAGACGUGUGGGGUGUGCCAAAAUCGCGCUUCGAUCUCCUGAUAGUCGUACACUUCGAGGGGUCGCACUUGCGGCGGAAGCAAAUGGGCUUCCGUGGUAUGGCGCCACGUCAUUAUCCUCACCCCUGGACGAAGCAGACGCUGGGGAGCAGAUGGGAGUGCUGGUGGCUGUUGGCCCGGCGCCGUCUGCGCUAUUGGACCCCAUUACUGGAAAACUGAAGCUGCUUUCGUGA